AUGGUCUGGCCCUUCUCCUCCUCCGCUCAAAAUACCUCCACAAACCCCAACUCUUCCGGUCCCAAAUCCCGCGACGGCGGCUUCAUCGCCCCCGACCGCUCCGCGCGUGAAAAGUGCUACGAGUCGCGGGAUCGAUUGUUCGACUGUCUGGAUCGGAACGAUAUCCUUGACGCGGUGAAAGAGGAUGAAAAGAGUAGGCGGGUGUGUAAAGGGGAGAAUGGGGUGUAUGAGAGGGAUUGUGCGAAGGCCUGGAUAAAAUACUUCAAAGAAAAGCGGGUAAUGGAAUACAAUCGAGAUAGAACCAUAGAGAGGAUCAAAGAGGACGAUGCGCGGAUGGUGGCGAAGCAGAAAGCAGAGAAGAAGGGUCGAGGGUUAUUUGGUUGA